UAACAUUGAGUGUCCUUUAUUUUGUUUAGGUUCAGUAGAUCCAGCAGAGUUCAGGAAAUUGCUCAGAAAAAGGAAGGGUGUGGACAAACAGGAAGCUGUGAAAGAACCUGGAGAAAUCGAUGAAAGGUUCUGGGAAAUCAUCAUGAGUGCAGACAGGAAGGACUAUGAACGAAUCUGCGCUGAGUUUGGUGUCAAAGACUUCCGUGUGAUGCUGAAGAAACUCAGUGAGAAGAAAAAGGAGAGACAGGAGGAACAGGCUAAGUAUAUUGAGACCAUCAAUAACCUGAAACAUAUUGAUAUUAAAGGAGUAGGCAUUGCUUCGUUUGAGUUUGACCUUGAGCUCAAAGACCCCGCCAGUAGGAUUUUCCUCUACAAGGAUGGUGUAAUGAUUCCCUAUAGUGAUGAAGAAGAAAUGAAACACAGCUUAAAGACUGUUGGGAAGAAGUUAAUCUUCAGUGUGCGGGACCUUAAGGCAGAGGAUGCUGGGCUCUAUCAGGUGGAUGUUGAGGAGGUCAAUCUCUUCUCUACAGACUUCAAGAUUCCCACAGUGGAUUUCAUUGUCAAGAUCCAGGAGGUGAAGGCCAAAGAGAGAGAGGAUGCUAUGUUUGAGUGUGUCCUGUCACAUCCCUGGCCCAGAAUCAAAUGGAUGGGCAAGAAUGCCACUCUGGAGGAGGGAGAGAAAUACACUAUAACUGUGUCAGAAGACAAGCUGAUCCACAGACUGCUAAUAAAGGACUGUAGCCAGCUGGACAAGGGCAUCUACUCUGCUGCGGCAGGAAUCAAGACAUGCAGUGCCUGGCUGAUAGUGGAAGAUCCAGGAGUUCAGUUCGUAAGCGGGUUGUCAAAUGUCCAUGCCCUCAUUGGCCAGCCUGCUGAACUGAUGUGUAAGCUGAGCAGUGAUGAUUGUGAAGGGGCCUGGUACAGAGAUAGCAAGAAGUUGACAGCAGAUGAUGGACACAUAAUGUCCAGAGAUGGUGCAAGCCACAAGCUGGUCAUCAACCGUUGUCAGGAGGAAGACUCUGGAAAAUACCGCUUUGAGGCAGACGGGCGUAAAACUGAGGCAAUGCUGAAUGUGGAAGACCCUCCCAGGUUUGACCCUGAUGAUCUGUCUGCGUUCUCUCAGCCGGUCAUAGUCAAAGUGGGGAAUAGCGCCACGUUCAAACUGCCCUUUGUGGGCCGCGAGCCCAUGAAGAUCCAGUGGUACAGAAAAGGAGAGGAGCUCCUGGACGAUAACACCACCAAGAUAGAGAAGUCCUUCACCCAAAGCCGCCUGCUCCUCAGCAAGUGCCAGCGCAAAGACACUGGAGAGAUCAAGAUCAAGCUCAAGAACGAACAUGGUACCAUGGAGGCUAUCUCAAGACUCAUCGUCCUCGCCUUUCCUAGCAGCCCUGCCCCACCAAAAGUGGCUAGUGCUUUUAACAACUGCAUCAACCUGACAUGGUCUCCCCCGACCGACACUGGCGAGUCUCGCAUCCUGGGCUACAACUUGGAAAAACGCAAGAAGGGGAGUAAUCUUUGGAGUCCCGUCAACCCUACAGAUGAGCCUAUCCAAGAAAAGAAACGUGCAGUGACAGAUGUUGUAGCAGGGAACGAAUACGAGUUCAGAGUUUAUGCUAUCAACGUCUCUGGACUCAGCGAGCCCAGUUCCCCUUCAGAGUUUAUUUUCGCAAAAGACCCAAAGAAACCCCCAGGGAAAGUGGAAGAUCUGGAGGUGGCAGACACAUCCUACACCACCCUCUCCCUGUCCUGGAAUAAACCCACAGAGGAAGUGGGGGUCCAGGAUGAGGCCAAAGGGUAUUUUAUAGAGGUCAGGCAGGCUGAGUGCAUAGACUGGACCCGCUGUAACGUCACCCCCAUCAUCUUGACCACCUUCACUGUGAAAAGCCUGAAGGCCAUGGCCAUGUACUGGGUCAGGGUGAUCGCUAUCAAUGAUGGAGGAGAAGGAGUGCCCCAGGAUCUGGACAACUACAUCCUGGCCAUGCCUCCACCUGUGAGACCAUGCUUCACCGAUAAUAAGAUGAAGAGUUUCAUGGUGGUGAGAGCUGGAAAUUCUGUCAGGAUCCUCUUAAACUUUGAGGCAUCCCCAUGGCCAGAAGUCACGUGGCUGAAGGACGAUGUUCCUUUGCUGAAGCGGGUCAAUAUCUCCAACUCUGAAUCGUCAUCUCAACUUCUGAUCACUUCCUCUGAGCGCUCUGAUUCAGGGAUCUACACCAUAGUGGUCAAAAAUCUAGUGGGCCAGGAGAGCUUCAGUGUGGAGGUCAGGGUUACAGAUGAUCCCAAGCCUCCAGGACCAGUAGAACUUGAGGAGAACGUCCCAGGCACUGUGACUGUGAUUUGGGAGCCAUCCCCUGAUGAGAAGCGUGACGACCACCUUCACUACUCUGUGUCUAAACGGGACUCCACCAAAGGCUCAUGGAGCACGGUGGCCGACAGGCUCUUCAACAACAAGUUCACGGCUUGUAACAUUAUGCUUGGCAGGGAGUACCACUUCAGGGUCUACGCCAAGAAUGACAUGGGCAUGUCUGCUCCGUCUGAGUCUCCCACUUGGGGAAGCGAGAGGAGGAAAGACAAAUUUGUGGUAAACAUGCCAGCCUACAAAACGUGUGAUUUGCGGACCGCUCCAGCCUUCCUUGUGCCACUGAGACAGCACACAGCACCCAAAGGCUAUGAGUGCUAUAUGAGCUGUGCCAUAAAGGGAAAUCCCAAGCCUCGCGUCACUUGGUACCGCAACAACAUCAGCCUCAACACUAACACCAACUACUUGAUCACCAACAUCUGUGGUGUCUGCUCCUUGCUGAUACUCCGUGUGACCCCCAAAGACUGGGGCGAGUACAACAUCCAAUUAGAAAGUGCCCUGGGGAGGGCCGAGUCCUCCACCAAACUCACAGUCAGAGAAUGAAGAAACAUUUUACAGUGCUUCAGUAUGUAGAGGCGUUAUUAUGUAUCAAGGUGGAAAAUGUCAAUUUUGUUAUAUGAUUGAAUUAAGUUAUUUUCCAAAAUGCAUGACUGUACUGCUUGUAAGACAUGCACUGUGUUUGUUGAGGCUAGUAAGUAAAAAUGACAAGAGUGAUCGUUUUUGAUCAUUAUGUUUGAUGUGGAUAUUUCACAACCUAAAAUGACCCAAAUCGAGAUGGCAUUGACCCAACCUGGGAGUUGGGGUCUCCUAGACUUAAAUUAAUUCUGAUCCUAAAUCACUUGAGAUUACCAAACCCUCUCCAAUUUUGUUGUCAUGUUAAACAUACUAAUUUCAUGCUGAAUAACGUUGACAUUCCGAUUAAAAACAUACUAGAAA